UAAUUUUUAGUACUGCAACCUCUCCAGUUUCCAUCACAUUGACUGAAAAUCCCAACAAUAAAAAACAACCCACAGUGAAAACGGCAAGCCAAGUAAUGAACAAUAGUCCAACAGUUGACACCUUAGUACCAACAACACCACAAAUAUUUGGAUCUUUACCUUAUAUUCCUAUCUUAACACCAAAACUUCUUAAAUUAUUUAAAGGAUUCGAAAACAUAAAAAUUGCUACUAGAAACGUCAAAACUAUAGCACAUUUAUACACCAAAACUAAAGAUCCACUAACAACUAAGGAGAGUUCAAAAGUAGUGUAUCAAAUACCUUGCUCAGACUGCGAUAAGGUAUAUAUAGGAGAAACUUCUCGUACAUUACACAGCAGAAUCAUUUCGCACAGAAGUGAUAUUAACACAAACAAAUCACAAGCUUGUGCAUUAGCCGACCACUCAAUUAAUCUGAAUCAUUCAUUUAAUUUUUCACAGGCGUCAAUUUUAGAGAGGGUGAAAAAUGAGCAGAAGAGAUUAUUUGUAGAAAUGACACACAUCCAGAAAAAUAAAAAAUGCAUAAACAGAAAGUCAGAUAUAGACAAAUUGAGUAACAUUUAUUGCUAUAUAUUAGCAUAUCAACAAACAUUUGGCACAACAUCAUAAUCUGAUUUUGUAUCGUACAUUCCAUCAUUAAAAAUUCAUAAUAGGCUGAAAACAAAUUGACUGGACUAAUUUAUUUUCAUCAAAUUAACAACUAUAAUAAAAACAACUAUUGUUACUGGUUUUGCUUUCCUCCUAAAGAAAUGGUAAACAAUUCAUAUAAUGUUGAACAACGAACCAUGGAAACAACAUAAUGUUUUAGAUUGCUUUAAAUAUUUUAAUAUGUGUGUGAUUGUCCUUUUUUGUAAAGUUACAACUUUAUCUUUUAAUCUCACGACUAAUGUCUUGAAAAAGAAUUAAAGCAAUUCGAAAGCUUGACAGUAAGUCAAAGAGUUUUCUUUGUCUUGUGGGCCAAUAAAUAGACUGACUGCAUCCUCAAG